AGCGUGACCAUGCCUAAAUGCUCAAUCGAAGUCUGCCUACUAAUCGAAUUUUCGUAGUUUGGCUUUUCGAUUGAACCAGUUGCAGCGUGGAGAUUCUCGGUCAGAGAGAGAGAGGAUCGCUAAUGGAUUCAGCAACAAAGGAGGAGAUGGUCAAUGACCUAAUCCAGGCUGCCAGAUACAACGAUAUUGAUGAUAUAAUAAACUUGGCAUCGGAGGGUGUCUCUCUGGAUUUGAAGGAUUCACAAGGCCGCACAGCACUUCACAUGGCUGCUGCUAACGGUCAUCUAGAGGUUGUGGAUUAUCUCAUCAGAAAUGGAGCGGAUCCCAACGCUUCAAACAUGGAGAAUAAUACCCCCCUUCAUUAUGCUUGUCUCAAUGGGCACACCCAAGUGGUUACGAAAUUGACAUUGGCUGGAGCUAAUGUCGCUGCCUUGAAUAGUCACGAGAAAUCUCCAGUUGAUGAGGCGUUGAGCAGGGGGAAGAUGGAGGUGGUUGCUGCAAUCGAUGCCGUAUCUAUGCAAAUGGAACUUGACAGCGCUAAAAUAUCAUAACUUGUUCUUAACGAGCUGCUAAGUCCUCAAAAUUUUAUCUUCUUGUAAUAAUCUAUCUAAUAUAAUUAAAUUUUCUGGAAAAUCGUCAACUCAAUGUUGUUAGUGUGCACUUUCUUUGAAUUUUCCACAGAUCUUAAGUGGUUAUCUUUUCCAGUGGAACCUUAAGGUUCUCCAAUGUUCUUUUAA